CCUCAGCACCGGUCCGAAACACUUCGGCAUUAUAUGAGAAUUGUUCUCUAGCCCGAGCCACUCAGUAACGAGGGCUUACGAGAGCCAUUGACACAAAUAGAACGCCCACUGGUUCUACGGAUACGGAUCUAAGUACGUGUGAUUGGUUCCUUGUGGACGUCAUCGGAGUUGCCCCUCCCCCGCACCAUGACGCCGGCCGGCGGGCGCGGCUGUCGUGCGAGACCGUCAAUCAUCGCGAUUAAUUUACCACCGACCUCCGGGAGCUGGGGGGAGCCGCGUUAGAAUUAGUGAAAGUAUAUAUUUACCCCAGCUUUCCUUCUCUCUGCCCACUACUGUACUCUACCCCACUAUCCACCAAACGACCGAACGAACGAACGAAACCAAGCCCGCAAACAAACAUACAACCAAACAAACUUCCACACUUCCACACGCUAAACGAAACCGCAACAGCUGCAAUCAUGGUUUUCCCGCCUCCACCCACGUCGGCCAUUGACUGGAACGACCUCGGCUUCAAAGUCCGGGAAGUAAACGGCCACGUCUCGUCCACGUACAACAAGACGACUGGGCAAUGGAGCGCUCCGGUGUUCAUCCGGGACCCCUACCUGCGGCUGCACGGGAUGUCUCCCGCACUAAACUACGGGCAGCAAUGCUACGAGGGUCUGAAAGCCUUACGGAACCCGGACGACAAGAGCAUCCACAUAUUCCGGCCGUCGGAGAACGCGCGCCGCAUGCAGCACUCCGCCAGCUUCGUGGCGAUGCCGCCAGUGCCCGAGGCCCUGUUUCUGGAGAGCGUGCAUAUGGCUGUCGCGAGGAAUGCGGAGUUUGUUCCCCCCAGUGCCUCAGGCGCCAGUAUGUACAUCCGUCCCCUCCUCUUCGGAAGCUCUGCGCAGCUGGGGUUGAGCCCGCCCGAGGAGUACACGUUCGUCGUCUACGUCCUCCCGGUCGGUGUGUACCACGGGAUCCAUACGGUGGACUGCCUCGUACUCGAAGACUUCGACCGUGCGGCGCCCGCGGGCACUGGGUCCGCCAAGAUCGGCGGCAACUACGCGCCGGUGCUGAUCCACAGCGAAGCGGCACGGCAGGCAGGAUACGGGAUCACGCUGCACCUAGACAGCAAGACGCGGACGCACAUCGACGAGUUCAGCACGUCCGGGUUUCUCGCGAUCCAGUACCCACCUGCGGGCUCGGGGGCCGAGGUGAAGACGAAGCUGCUGGUCGCGGACUCGAAUAGUGUCAUCAAGAGUAUUACUAGCAGGUCGGUGCAGCAGAUUGCGAAGGAUAUGGGAUGGGAGGUCGAGGUCCGCCCCAUUAGGUUCGAGGAGUGUGAGGGCUUCGAUGAGGUCAUGGCUGCGGGCACCGCGGCCGCGCUGGUGCCGAUCAAGUCGAUUACCAAGAAGAGCACCGAUACCAAGAUCGUCUACAAGUACGGCGACGAGAAUCCUGAGGGCGUAAUGAAGCUCCUGGCCGCACUGAAGGGUAUCCAGGCGGGCACGUGCGAGGAUACGCACAGCUGGCGCGAGGAGGUAAAGGAGCCGGCGCCGCUGAUAGAGACGGAGGCGAACACGCCGUCGAAUCUUACCGCUGUCAAUGCGCUAUAGAAGGAUUGCGUGGGAGGAGGGGUUCGUACAUGCGUACUUGGUGGGGAUCUGGUAAACUAAAAGUUCGGUUGGUUGGCGGGGGAGGGGUGGGGAG